AUGGCCGAAGCCCUGCUGUUUGUAACACAGGAUGACUUCACCUGCUCAAUCUGUGUGGAGACCCUGACUGACCCCAUUGCCAUCCCGUGUGGUGACAGUUUUUGUAUGCAGUGCCUCACUGACUACUGGGAUCUAAGACAAGAGUGCAGAUGUCCUCAGUGCAGAAGGACCUUCACUACGAGGCCUGAGCUGCACAUAAACACAGUGCUGAAUGACGUGGUGAAGAAAAUAAAGAAGCAGACACUCAGUCCUCUUCUGUAUCCGAGUGAUGACGGCCCUGGAGACUUGGAGUGUGACAUCUGUACUAGGAAGACGUCCAGAGCAGUGAAGUCCUGUCUGACCUGCAUGGUCUCCUACUGUCAGUUUCACCUGCAGCCCCACUUUGAAAUAGCGGCCUUGAAGCACCACAAGCUGACUGAUCCAGUUAGAAAUCUGAAGGAGGAGAUCUGUGCGAAACAUCAGAAGAGUCUGGAGAUAUUCUGUAAAACUGAUGAGACGUGCAUCUGUGUGAUGUGUGUGGUGAAUGAACACAAUGGGCAUAGAAUGGCGGAACUGGAGAGAGAGAGAGAGGAACAACAGAAAGAGCUGGGGGCGAUACAUAGAGACAUCAGGAGGAGAGUCAAGAAGAGCAAGAAGAAACAAAAGAAGAUAAGGGGGGCGGUGAAGCAGAUGAAGAUCUCUCUGGACAAUGAAGUGGUGGAACAUAAGAAAAGCUUUACUGAUCUGAUUUGCGGUCUUGAAGAAACCCAAGAGAAACUGAUUGAGAAGUUCAGAGAACAAAAAAAGAUAGAAAUGGAGAAGGCUGAAGAAGUCAUGGAGAAACUCGAGGGGGAGAUCAAGGAGCUGGAGUGUAAAGGUGCUGAGCUGAAGGAGCUUUCGCAGACCAAAGACCACAUCCGCUUCCUGCAGACCUUCUCAUCUCGCCGUUUCCUUCCUGCUGAAGGAGACUCGCUCAGCUUCAAUGUCACUGUGAACUUGUCUUCUGAGCACCUGAGAAAGGAGCUGUCAUGUAUGAAGAAGAGUCUGGAAAAGAGUCUGGAAAAGAUCAGCCAGUGGGACAUCACGACAUUGACGUCAAGUCAUGAAAUUCCAAUUUUCUCCUUCCAGACUCCUGAGCCUCGGAGAAGAGCGGAGUUUUUAAAAUACUUCUGUCCACUCACACUGGACAUCAACACAGCAGGCAGGGACCUCCAUCUCUCUGAGGGUAACAAGAAGGUACUGAAGCUUCAUCUCCUCCUGCAGUCGUCUGAACGUCUGAGUGGUGAGCAGUUUUUACAGGACUGA